AUGAUCUUGGUGAUAGACAAUGUUAUAAAAGUAGAAGUCUUGGUCUCCAUCAAGACCACCACGUGGCUUAUGAGAUGCCUGGCUUUUUUGAAUUUAACUGUAGAAAGGGCCAGGCCUCUUCUGGAAAAUGCAUCAGAGAACACACUGGUUGCCAUAAUCACUGCAGCUGUUUCCCGUCAUGACUCUCUUGUUGGAGAUCCUGUUAUUAUUAAUUCGAACCCUGUCGUCCAUCCAUUUGUGGUAUCUCAUAAAGCUGCAGAUCAGUGGGAACUGAUAAUGACCAAGGAACCUAAGCUGGAUUUUGAAAUGGUGGCUUUCUACACUUUGGUAAUCUUUGCCCAGGACAGUGGAGACAAUUCAGCAUCUCAGACCAUUUUGAUCCAGAUUGUAGAUGUCAAUGAACCACCAACUUUCAUUGGAUCACUUGCUCAAGUUGACCAAGUUACAGAGAUUUAUAUUCCAGAGGACACUGCUGUGGGCACAGUCCUUUACAAAGUGAGAGCCAAGGACCCAGAGAACGCUGCCUUAAAGUACCUCAUUUCCCCAGAGGAUUCAGGAUUCACCAUUGACAGUAUUGGAACCAUAUCUACAACAAUGACUUUUGAUUUCGAUAGAGGAGCCAAAAGCUAUUCACUGGUUAUUAAAGUGGCUGACCCCGGAGAACUUUUUAUUGUGGGAAACUUAAAGAUCUUCCUCAUCAACGUAAAUAAUAAGGUCCCUAUUCUCACCUGCAGUUUAUUUAAUAUCAGAGAAGCAGUCCUGACUCCUAGCUUGGUGAAUUCAACUACCUCUAAAGAAGGCAAUAUCUCACUUGAUGAAGAAACUCCACUGGGCAAAACUGUGGGUGUCUGCCAAGCUACUGAUGAAGACCAGAUGGGACGUCUCAUCUUCAAAUUGGAUCCAGGGAAUAGAUACUUUGCUAUUGACAAAGAGCGUGGAACUGUGAUGAUCACUAAUCGUCUGGAUCUGGAGGAGGCUGACUUUGUGAGUGUUCAGUUCUUUACCAUUAAGGCAUGUGAUGAAGACCAGCACUGUGCAGCAAUUCCUGUGAUGGUGUACAUUCAUGGGAUAAAUGAUAAUCCACCAUUCUGUGAUAAAUAUUUGUACAGGUAUAGAGGCAUGGAGGUGAUUGCAAAUAAAACAGUUGUAGCUAAACUGGCAUGUCAUGAUCUUGACAAGUCCCCUGAUAUACUUCAGUAUGCUCCUCAUAGUGGGCCACUUGGUGAUGGAGAGUUAUUUGAACAAGUACCAGACUUGGACAAUGUCAUAUGGGUUACCAAAGACUUAGAUUAUGAAAAGCCAGAGGCUUCUGCAGUGGGUCAUGCCUAUGAGAUGAUGGUAUCUGUCUUUGACGACAUCAGGCCCUCCCAUACAGUCACUGUUACAAUCAUUGUGGAGAUUAUUCCUGCCAAUGAAUUUACUCCAGUUUUUAGACCUGCAAGUUAUUCAUUCUCUGUUCCAGAAACAUCAGGAGCCUCCUAUGAAGUGGGAAGAGUGACUGCUUUUGAUGAAGACAAUCCUCUGAACUGUGUGAGGUACAAAAUAAGCCAAGGUGACACCCAGAUUAUUCGAAGAUUUUGGAUUCAUCCACUAACUGGAAUGAUAGAACUGACCACCCAGCCAGACUAUGAAUCUGUGAAGCAAUAUAACCUCACCAUAGAAGCUGUGGAUUGUGACCAAGUUCAACCACGGACAGCUGUUACCACAGUUACAAUUGACAUCAAGGAUGAGAAUGAUGAAGCACCUGUCUGCAAACCAUCUAAAUAUAAGGCAGUCAUUUUUGACAGUGUUGCUGCUGGAACAAACAUCAACAGCUUCAGGUUAAACUGCCAUGACAGAGACUCACGCAAUACUGAAAUGCGCUUUGAGAUAGUUUCUGGAAAUGAGAAUCAACAUUUUGGAUUUGAUCCUACUCGGGGCUCAAAUGUUCCAAAGCUAAUUGUGAAAAAUCCUUUUAACAAGUCUGGAAUUGGAGCAGAGUUUUACCAGUAUUAUCAUCUUGUGGUACACGUUAUCGAUGACAACUUGCAGCAUGGUCAAGCUGUGUAUCCCAGAACGGGGACUGUGAUGAUAGAUAUUUCUGUGAUACAGCAAAAUACACCAGCUCCUCCAGUCACCAGUUUUGAACAAAGGAAAGGUGUGACCAUUGUGUACACAUCCAUAAACACAUACAGUCCCAAUGAUUGGUAUAUCCCUUUCAUCUUCACAUUGAUGGCGGUUUUCUUGACUGGGUUGCUUUCCUGGACAUGCUACCUGCUUAUGAAAUACACUAGAAUUACAGCCUGGUGUCAAAAACUGACCAAGAACCUUUCAAAGCCCAAACAAAAAGGAAAGAAGUACAUAGCUGGAAAUAAAAAUAUCAAUGAUGACAUGGUAACAGGAAAUAGACAUAAAAAAGUUGAAGUGCUAACUGAAACAACUGUAUACGAGACAGUGUUUGAUGGAGAAGCAAUUGAUCCAGUCUCAGGAAAUGUAUAUGAAUAUAACAGCAAGUCGGGAGCUAGGAAAUGGAAGAAGAUGCCCAGACCACUGAAGGAUCUAGAGGCAAACAUACAGUCUAUUUCUGAGAAACUCCCUAUUGAUGAGCCAAUUCAAGGAUGACCAUUUAAUUUUUCAUCUCAUUUUAUAUGUUACAAGGAAAUUACAGAAUUCAAUACCAUUAGCUGGUACCUUUCACCAUUUUUGCUUAAUUGAAUUACAUGUAUUUUAACUCUGCUAUCUAAAAUCAAAAUAUAAAUUUCAGACAAUUGCAUUGUGGGUCCCCAAUGCCUUCCAGAAUGUGAACAGUCAAAAUCAAAGUUACUGGGGACAGGUUUGAAGGACUGUGUUUUAAUCCUCCAAAGAGUUUUACUGAUGUCAGCAAAAUUCUCAUCUUAUUUAAUCAACUCUUUUACCUUCUGCAGGACUUACCAGGCAUAGAAGGGGAAAUCUACUCAGAAUGAUUCUUCUGGUUACUGGUAAUCAUUCAAAAUGAAUGAUUUUUUAAAGCUCAAUUGAGCUGGCCUUUUAAUUUUCUUUUUAUAGUUCUCUAUGCAAAAUGGCCCUGCCAACUCUUUACUUAUUAAUGGCUUGUAAAUGUAAUGUUAGAACCAAGGCUGUCAUUGGCAUCAUUGAAGUCUGUGACAUCUUGUUUUAGUAAAUGAAGUUUUAA